AAUCAAGAACAUUAUUACAAAAAUAAAAGAACCUCGUGACGGUAAUCACGUUAGUACAUAUACUUAGCUUAAAUAGAUUUUAGUAAUAAUACUAUACUAUUGUUAAUUAAUUAUAUAAAAAUAAUAUAUUGUGUUAGUGCAAUUUAAGAAGAUCUAACAAUGAAGCACCUUCAAUUCUUGAACCACAGAGGGAAAAACAACUGUGGAAAUUGAUAACAAACAGCCAAAAAAGAGCUAAAAAAAGCUUCUUUUUUUCACAUUUUUUGUCAGAAAAUACACAAACCCCUCUUCUUUAUUCACACCCAAAAGCCAAAAAAUAAAAUAAAGUUGAGGUUUUUAGGUGAUUUAAGGAAGUGGGUGUGACUCUUUUUUGAGUAAAAUCAAGAAUGGUGUGUAUAACUGAAGAUAUGAUCAAGCAGUUGCAGACUUUAAUGGAUGAAAUUGCUGAGCCACUGCAGAAGACUUUUCAGAAUAUGCAUCAGGGGUUCCCAACCGAAACUCUGGUGAGGUUUCUCAAAGCUAGGGAUGGCAGUGUCUCUAAAGCACAAAAGAUGCUUGUUGACUGUUUAAAUUGGAGGAUAGACAAUGAGAUUGAUCAGAUACUUGCAAAGCCAAUUGUACCCAGUGAUUUUUACAGAGGAGUGAGGGACACUCAGCUUGUGGGGAUGUCUGGAUAUUCAAGAGAGGGUCUACCUGUUGUUGCUGUUGGUGUAGGGCUCAGCACAUAUGACAAAGCAUCGAUUCACUACUAUAUUCAAUCACAUAUCCAAAUGAAUGAAUAUCGCGACCGUGUAAUAUUGCCUGCUGCAUCAAAGAAAUUUGGACGGUAUAUUGGAACCUGUAUAAAGGUUUUGGACAUGACCGGUCUAAAGCUUUCUGCUCUAAACCAAAUUAAGCUCUUAACUGCCAUAUCUACCAUCGAUGACCUAAAUUAUCCUGAGAAGACGGAGACUUAUUACAUUGUUAACGCUCCAUACAUAUUCUCAGCCUGCUGGAAGGUUGUGAGACCUCUUUUACAAGAAAGAACUAAAAAGAAAAUCCAAGUGCUCUCCGGCUCAGGAAAAGAUGAACUGUUGAAGAUAAUGGAUUAUGCAUCGCUACCACAUUUUUGUAAAAGAGAAGGCUCGGGUUCAUCUAAGCAUUCUAGAAAUGGUACAAACGAUAACUGUUUCUCCUUGGAUCAUGGUUUCCAUCAGCAACUCUAUGAUUAUACUAAGCAGCAAGCACUAGCAUCAGAGGCUUUUGCACCAAGCAAAGAAGGAUCGGUCCACGUGACCUUACCUGAGCCAGAUCCAGAUGACGCCAAGAUUGCUGAAACAAUAGAAUCUGAAUUCCAGAGGAUUGGUGAGAAAAAUGGAAUAUGUCAAACAUUUCAUGAAAUAAAGAUUAAUGGCGAUUGAAGCUGAUUCGCUGUAGUCUUGGUUAUUGCUUAUUCUGAAUCCGGCUUUUAACAUGAGGAGAGGAUUUAAGUAAGCGUUGUAGUACUAAUAUCACUUGCAUCAUCUCGAUGCAGGAUUUAGAUAGAAGCUAAGUUGUAACAUGGCAUUUACGCUACCUUGGAGUGGACUAUCAUAUGAAUAGUCGAAAAUGUCAAUUCUCCCACGAGGAAUUUUACGCCCA